CCCGCAGCCCCGACCGCUCCGCCCGCGCCCCGCCGGCUCCCGUCACUGGAUAAGAGAAGACGCGAAUCAUGUCGGAGUUUUGGUUAAUUUCUGCCCCUGGAGAUAGGGAAAAUUUGCAAGCUCUGGAGAGGAUGAAUACUGUAACCUCCAAGGCCAACCUGUCUUAUAAUACCAAAUUCGCUAUUCCUGAUUUCAAGGUGGGGACCUUGGAUUCCCUGGUUGGCCUCUCUGAUGAGUUGGGGAAACUCGACACCUUUGCUGAAAGCCUCAUAAGAAGAAUGGCUCAGAGCGUGGUGGAAGUCAUGGAGGACUCGAAGGGGAAGGCACAGGAACACCUCCUGGCAAAUGGAGUUGACUUAACCUCCUUUGUGACCCACUUUGAAUGGGACAUGGCCAAAUAUCCUGCCAAGCAGCCGCUCGUGAGCGUGGUGGACACCAUAGCCAAGCAACUGGCACAGAUCGAGACGGACCUGAAGUCCCGAACAGCAGCUUAUAACACUCUGAAGACGAACCUGGAGAACCUGGAGAAGAAAUCCAUGGGGAACCUCUUCACCCGGACGCUGAGCGAUAUUGUGAGCAAAGAGGACUUUGUGCUGGAUUCUGAAUAUCUCGUCACGCUUCUGGUCAUUGUCCCCAAACCAAACUACUCACAAUGGCAAAAAACCUACGAAUCUCUCUCGGACAUGGUGGUCCCUCGAUCAACCAAACUCAUUACUGAGGACAAGGAGGGCGGCCUUUUCACUGUGACUCUGUUUCGAAAAGUGAUUGAAGAUUUCAAAAGCAAAGCCAGAGAAAACAAGUUCACUGUUCGUGAAUUUUACUAUGAUGAGAAAGAAAUUAAAAGGGAAAGGGAGGAGAUGGCCCGAUUGCUGUCUGAUAAGAAGCAACAGUAUGGCCCCCUGCUGCGCUGGCUCAAGGUGAACUUCAGCGAAGCCUUCAUUGCCUGGAUCCACAUCAAGGCCCUGAGAGUGUUUGUGGAGUCUGUGCUCAGGUAUGGACUACCAGUGAACUUCCAGGCAGUGCUCCUGCAGCCGCAUAAGAAGUCAUCCGCCAAACGUUUACGAGAGGUUCUAAACUCUGUCUUCCGACACCUGGAUGAAGUAGCUGCUACAAGUAUACUGGAUGCAUCUGUGGAGAUCCCGGGACUGCAACUCAGUAAUCAAGACUAUUUUCCUUAUGUCUACUUCCAUAUCGACCUUAGUCUUCUGGACUAGAAAAGCCAGCUGGCACCUCUGUCUCAUGUUCGCGCAGACUGUUACAGCCACCUCUUUCCUUUAGCCAGAGAAUGCCUCAAAUGUCUUACAGAACUAAGAUUUUUUUCAGAGAAAUUGCUCACAAAAGUUAGUGACAGUUGUAUUUAUUUUUUUUAAGUUACAAUAAAAUGCUCUCAAGUCCUUUGAAUGUUCUAACAAAUUCAAAAUUUCAUUUUUCUGAAUGUUUUACAUAAAAGAACUACUUAUAAAUUGGUAACCUGCUGCUGUAUUUCACGUCUUAAUGGCUAUUUUAAGGUUCAUAACAACAUAGAAAGCCUUGAACUGUAUAACCAGCUAGAUUGCUGAUAAUCACUAGAGAUGGCCCAAACACAGAACAGUGGGCAGAAAUUGCAGUUCUCACUGGGCCCAGGUUCCAUGCUGUGGUGGGCAUCGAUGGCACCGUCUGAACCAGUCUUGUUUUUUGUUUAAAAAAGUUGAUGGGGAGGAAAGACAUCAGUGUAUCACUUCAAAAUAGUCAUUUACUGCUAAACAUCACUCUUAAUUUAGGAUGUGGAUACUAAUUUCAUACAUUUAUUGGCAUUGUCCAAAAUAUUUUAUUCUUUAAUGGAAAAAGCCAUUAAUAAUCAAAUGAAGGAAUCACAUUAAAAAACCUAUACAUAAGAAAUAGCCUCCAAGAACAUUCAAGCAGCAGUCAGAGAGGAAAAAAUGUUUCGACAGCCGAGUAUUCUUCAAAAUAUUAUGUGACAGAAUACGAUACAAUUCACCGGCUACAACAAUUCAUAGAAUUUUUCAAUGUUUUCUUGGGAUGCAAAAGUUCACUGCUGCAGUGUUUUCAAAUGACCAAUCAAGUACUACUUCUUGGUUUAAAAGGCCACUGGUAGAGUCAUCUGAUUGCAGAGAAUGUUCCUUCACUGCUGGAAAAAAA